AUGACCAACUGCAGUGAUGAUGAUGAUGAGCAGAACGAUGACAGCUCAGGACAGCCCAGAAUGAAACCAAAGAGGACAAGUAAAGGAGGAAAGCAUGUGUGCUUCCCUCCGGACGAACAGCUAGUGUCCAGCUUUGCUGAGCAUGGGAACGCUGAGAAACUGGCUGACAGCAGACUCACCUUCACAGAGGUGUCGCUGGCCUAUCAGGACAGCUGCAGCAGACAUCAGGUGCAGCCCAGGGAGCGCAUCCUGCAGCAGCUCCAGGGCGUGCAUGUAGGUGGCAGCUUGGAGUGUCUGGAUCUCAAAGGUGAGCGAUUAGACCACCGCUCCUGUGAAGCUCUGGAAGCCGUCCUGAAAUCGCUGCACUUUGAUUUCAUCAAUCUGCAGGCAGCCCAACUGGAAGAAAAUGGAGCAUCGUCCUUGUUGGAUAUGAUUUUGUACUAUGAAUCUACAACACAUCUUGACAUUUCUGACAACAGCAGUAUGGGAACAUCGAGUUGGAGGGCCCUCGCUCAUUUGAUAAAGCAGAGUGUGUGUCUCUACAGACUGGAUGUCUGCAAUGUGGCCUUGGUCGACUAUCCUGUCCAGGCUCUGUCUAAAGCGCUGCGGACCAGCCGGCUCACAGUGCUACACCUUCAGCAUGUUCAGCUCAGCGGGAUGCCGCUGUACACACUGGUUGGUGCCCUGAAGACAAACCGGGCGCUGCGAGAGCUAAACCUUGCUAAUAACCUGUUGAACAGCUACCAGGAUGCCCUUCAUCUGAGAGACCUACUACGGUUCAACAGUACUCUGCAGACACUGGAGCUCAGCAACAAUGCUGUAGCAGAUGCUGGUUUGGAGGAGCUGUGCGACGGUCUGAGGUGGCAGAAAGGAGGUCUCAAGGUCUUACUGCUGAGGAAUAACCAGAUUACUGUAAAAGGCAUGGACUAUCUGGCUAAAACUCUGCCGGUGCUGAAGGUCCUGCAGGUCCUGGAUUUGGGUGAGAAUCUGUUGGGGAACGAGGGGAUCCAGAUCAUCAGGGAACCUCUCAUGGUCAACAGCUCGGUGCUGCAGCUUGGCCUGGCCCAAGCCAGCAUCACCUGUGAAGGUGCCGUGGCGCUUGCUGAGUUCCUUGCUGAGAGUCGUCAGAUUCAGAGGCUGGACCUCCGUCACAAUGAGGUGAAAGUGGGAGGCCUGAUGGCCCUGAGUCUGGCCUUGAAAAUCAACCGUUCUCUUUGUAGUCUAGAUGUGGACCACAUACCCCAACAGGAGCAGACAGAGAAGAACAGGGAGCAGCUAUUUGGUGUACAACAGUGACAUCUUCAGUCGGUGUGAUGGAAGGCUGCAGAGCAGAGAGACAAUGGAGAGCAGCUCUGUUUGUCUGUCUGUGGAUGAUUACUGCCAUCUCAGUAGAAGUAACAGCGUCUCCAUUGGUCGCAGUCUCCUGACACAGCAGAGAGCAGCCGAUGGACUCAAAGCUGAAACCAGGUCACACUGGGAAUGUUCAGUCAAAUCCCAGCUCACAUAUACUGGUUCUGUUUAAUGAGGUGGUCGUGUAAUGUAUUCACAGCUCAGUGUUAAUUCUCAUGAAUGCACGGUGAGACACCUCACUCAUUUCUCUCAUUCCUGGCGUCUCACUGGGAUCCAUGUGACUGAUUUAUAGUAGCUGUCUGUAUCCACAUAUUCACAUUUGGUUCCACCCGUCCCACCGAGCCAAGCACACCACACACACGUGUCAAUACAUACAUCCACCCACAGCAUCUGUAUGACUGUAACAGCAGCGCUAGAAUAACAGUGUUUGGACUUAUUGUAUAUAUGAAGAGCACAUUUUCAUUUCAUUUAACAUAUGAAGGGAAAAGAGUUUGAAUAACUUCUUCCAUGACAAGGUCAAAGGUCACAGCUUCAUCUCUGCAGAACAUUUUUAUCCUUUGUGUGUACUGCUUUCCCACACUGAACAGCAGCGUUCAACAACAUGUUCAUAAACAAUG